AUGUCGAGUGUGUCUGCAUCUACUGAGAGGAAGCACAUAAAAUUCACGCCUAUCCAGUCAUUUGUGGAGUCAUCAUUCUUCACUAAAUUAUCAGAAUUGAAGUUGGAUGAAUUUAAAUUAGAUUCAACUAAGAAGGAAAUUAAAGGGUUUUUGACUCAUCCCAAAAGACUAAAUAAGUUUAACGAUUAUCCUACGAUAAAUUUUGAUUAUUCUAGUUUUGAUAAGGGUCCGGAUGUAAACGAAGAUAACAACAUUUCAUGGAAGGGUUAUAUCUAUAACGUCAACACGAUCGAAGAGUUUAAAGAUAUAGACAAGCAAGCGAUAUUGAAGCGUUGGGGAACUGAAAUCUACAAUGAAAUCCAGGAUGGUAGCGUAGACUUGAGUUACGAAUGUUUCAAUAAGGUGCACGUUUUAGCAUUCUGUGAUCUAAAGAAAUAUAAAUUUUAUUAUUGGUUUGCAUUUCCAACUUUGCAUUCACCAUGGAACAUAAUUGGAGCUGACGGAGAUUCUUUAAAAAAGUUUAUUCCAAGUAUCAAGGAAUUUGUUGAAACUUCCAAGUUUGUACAGUUUUUUCAAAUAAACGAUGGAAAUAUUAUUGAAAGGGUCCUGGAAUUUCAGGAAAGCAAAAUCUUUGUAUUUAUUGAUACAUGUUUAAGCCAAGCAUGUACCCCUUCUGUGCAAUUAAAAAAUUACCUAUACGUCUUGGCUCGAAAAGGUUUUGAAAAUAUCGAUUUAAUAAUAUAUAGAAAUAAUGGCAAUUCUUUCUAUUGGAAAUUGCAGCUCGAUAAGGAUAAGCUUGGUAUAAAUGAAGUCCCAAGAAUACUGGGCUGGGAAAGGUUAAGCAAUGGAAAGCUCGGUCCUAGGCUUGCUGAUUUGGGUUCGUUAAUUGACCCCCAAGAGUUAGCCAAACAGGCAGUAGAUUUGAACCUAAAGUUGAUGAAAUGGAGAAUAGCACCAAAUUUGGAUCUAGACAUAAUCAAAAAUCAACGAGUUUUGCUUUUGGGUGCUGGAACUUUAGGCAGUUAUGUUUCCAGAGCGCUUAUGGGAUGGGGUGUUAGAAAUAUCACUUUUGUUGAUAACGGAAGAAUCUCGUAUUCUAAUCCAGUUCGUCAACCUUUGUUCAGCUUCAAAGAUUGUUUUAGUGAUGAGGGACAAGGAGAAUGGAAGGCCAUACGGGCGGCAAAUACUUUGAAGGAAAUCUUCCCAGAUGUUCAAUCUAAGGGUUACAAUUUAGAGGUGCCUAUGAUUGGGCACCCUGUUAACAACGAAACCAAACAAAAAUCAAGCUUUGAUAAACUAAGUGAUUUGUUCGAUGAUCAUGAUGUGGUGUUCUUGUUAAUGGAUUCAAGGGAAUCAAGAUGGCUCCCUACAGUUCUAGGUCUUGCAAAAAACAAAAUUGUCCUUAAUGCUGCAUUGGGAUUUGAUAGUUUCCUAGUAAUGAGACAUGGAAAUAUAUCUAAUGCUAACAACGAUGAUACGAGAGUAGGCUGCUACUAUUGUAAUGACGUUGUUGCACCAAAUGAUAGUUUAUCUGAUCGUACAUUGGAUCAAAUGUGCACUGUAACUCGACCAGGCGUUGCAUUGAUGGCUUCGUCAUUAGCUGUUGAAUUGUUUAUCUCGAUGUUGCAACAUCCCAAUAAGCAGUAUGCAGAGCCUGGCCCUUCAAAUAAUUUGAUAUUAGGUGAAGUUCCGCAUCAGAUUAGAGGCUUUUUACAUAAUUACAGUCAAAGCAAGCUACAGACUCCGAAUUAUAAACAUUGUUCUGCAUGCUCGAAAUAUGUUAUAGAUAAGUUCAAUGAACUAGGGUGGGAAUUCGUCAAGAACUGUCUCAAUGAUGUUACGUACCUCGAAGAAACUUGUGGACUAUUAAAAGUUCAACAAGAGGCUGACUUAGCAUCUUCUGAGUUAUUAAAGGACUUGGAACUAAGUGACGAUGAUGAUAGUGAAUGGUUGGACUAG